AUGGAAUUUGUGUCUGGAUACCGGGAUGAGUUCCUUGAUUUCGCUGCACUUCUCUUUGGCUGGUUCCGCAAGUUCGUGGCAGAGAAAGGGACCAUGGGGACCAGCCUUGAGGGCCGAUGGCGUCAACUGGAGGGUCAGAUAAGGAGGCUGCCCCAGGACCCUGCCCUCUGGGUGCUCCACGUCUUACCAAACCGUAGUGUGGGCAUCAGCUUGGGGCAAGGUACAGAGCCAGGUCCCGGGCCGGGCCUGGGGGCUUCCCGGCUCCUGGGAGAUGAGCCUCCGCUCCACCUGAGAGACCUGAGCCCGUAUGUCAGUUUUGUCAGCCUGGAGGAUGGGGAAGAAGGGGAGGAGGAAGAAGAUGAAGAAGAGGAUGGAAAAGGGAGCUCAGGCACAGAGAAGGCAGAACCACAGGAGGGUGGGGAGCCAGCCCCUUCCAGCAGGGAAUCCCCCCAAAAAGCAAAGCCACCAGCCAAGUCAGAGGUGACCCAGAAAGAAGCAAGCUGUGCUGAUGGCUGCCGGGAGGACAGAGGAGAGGCUGAGAAGGUUCCUGAAAAGAGGAAAGGACGGAAGAGUGAGGCUGCACCCCUGCACCUCUCUUGUCUUUUGCUGGUGACUGAUGAGCAUGGCACCAUCUUGGGCAUUGAUCUGCUAAUGGAUGGAACCCACGGACGUGUGGGCCAGAGCCCAGGGGCUGAGAAUCUGGCUCCUCGGGCCUAUGCUCUCCUUUGCCACAGCAUGGCCUGCCCUAUGGGCUCUGGGGACCCCCGAAAGCCCCGACAGCUUACUGUGGGAGACGCCCACCUGCAUCGAGACCUGGAGAGCCUUGUCCCAAGGCUGGGUGUGAAGUUAGCAAAGACCCCAAUGAGAACAUGGGGUCCUCGGCCAGGCUUUACUUUUGCCUCCCUUCGGGCUCGAACUUGCCAUGUUUGUCACAAGCACAGCUUCGAAGUGAAGUUGACACCCUGUCCCCAGUGCAGUGCUGUCUUAUACUGUGGAGAGGCUUGUCUCCAGGCUGAUUGGCGCCGAUGCCCAGAUGAUGUGAGCCACAGAUUUUGGUGCCCGAGACUUGCCGGUUUUAUGGAGCGAACAGGGGAACUGGCAAGUCUGCCUUUCACCUAUACUGCAGAGGUGACCAGUGAGACCUUUAACAAGGAGGCUUUCCUGGCCUCUCGAGGCCUUACUCGUGGCUAUUGGACCCAGCUCAGCAUGCUGAUUCCAGGGCCUGGCACCCCCAGGAGCCCUUGGGGCAGCACAUCAUCCCUCAGCCACCUUCUCAAUGGUGAUCCUUACCAGCUCCUGCAGGGAGACGGACCAGCCCUGAUGCCUCCGGUGCCUCUAGACCCACCCAAGAGCCUCUUGGGUUCAUGGCAGGAUUACUACACGUGGCGAGGCCUUAGCCUGGACUCCCCCAUGGCUGUGCUUCUUACCUACCCACUGACCGUGUACUAUGUCAUCACUCACCUGGUACCCCAGUCCUUUCCUGAGCUCAACAUUCAGAACAAGCAGUCGCUGAAGAUCCACGUGGUGGAGGCCGGGAAGGAAUUUGAUCUUGUCAUGGUGUUUUGGGAGCUCUUGGUGCUUCUCCCUCACGUGGCCCUGGAGCUACAGUUUGUGGGUGACAGCCUACCACCUGAGAGUGACCAGCAGCAUUUUACUAUGAAGAGGGAUGGCCCUGAGGUGUCUGUGCGUCCUAAUUCUGGGGCAUCUGCACGGCUCAACUCUGGGACUAAGGAGAAGGGAGGGCGGAGGGACCUGCAAAUCAGGGUGUCCACGCGGCCCUAUCACCUGCUCCAGGGACCCAAGCCUGACCUGGUUAUUGGUAAGAGCCUGGGGCUCAGGGGCUGGGAUUUGGGGAAAGUAAAAGAAGGACACUGUGGUCACCAUUGUCAUCCUCUCUCGUUAGGAUUUAACUCUGGCUUUGGUCUCAAGGACACAUGGCUAAGCUCUCUGCCUCGACUACAGUCUCUCCGAGUGCCAGCUUUCUUCACGGAGAGCAGUGAGUACAGCUGUGUGAUGGACGAUCAGACCAUGGCGGUGGCCACCGGAGGGGGGACCAGCUCUCCACAGCCCAACCCCUUCCGCUCCCCAUUCCGCCUCAGAGCUGCUGACAACUGCAUGCCCUGGUACUGCAAUGCCUUCAUCUUCCAUUUGAUCUACAAGCCUGCCCAAGGUGGCGCAGUCCGCUCGGCACCCGGCCCUGUCCCUAGACCCCCAACUCCUGCUGCUCCUCCUGUCCCCACUCGAAGGCGCCGGGGAGAAAAGAAAGCUGCUCGUGGGCCCCGCAGGCGCAGAUGA